AUGCCACAACCACCACGACCACCACUCCCACUCAACCCCACCCCCCAGUCCCAUUCCAAGUCCCACCCCCAAUCCCACCCCCACCCCCAACCCCCCCACUACCGCCUCACCCCCCUCCACCUCAAGCUCCUCUCCACCAUCCCCACUUUCUUCGCCCUCGCCGCCCUCUGCUCCCUCCGCCACCGCGCCCGCCAAUCCCUCAUCCACCACACCACCCCCUCCCCCAACACGCCUUACCCCCUCCAUCCCACCAUCACCACCUCCCCCCACCUCCUGCUCCUCUUCCUUCUCUUCCUCCUCCCCGACCUCCUCUUCUGGCUCCCCCUCUUCUACACCGUCCUCGUCCUCCAGCUUGGCGUCAUCUACCAGCCCGACGCUGCGCUUGAGAGGGCCAUGGCUAUGCGCUCGGAGGCGGAAAGAGAGAGGUGGAGAGCGGGGUGGAGGGUGGCGGAGGAGGAGGAGGAGCGGAUGAGGAAGGAGAGGAGGAAGAGGAGGCGGUUGUUGUUGGUGCCGGAUGUGGAUGUGGGAGGGAGCGGGAGCGGGAGCGGGGAAUGGGGGGUGGUGAGGUGGGGGAGGGAUGCGGAUGGGGGGGCGAAGGCGGUGGAGGCGGUGGAGAGAGGGAGGAGGUUGACGAGGGCGGGGAGGGGAGAGGCGGUGAGGUGGUUUGCGUAG